CAGAGGGAGAAGGAGACAGGAGAUCUACGGGAGCUCAGGAGUUACCUCUCCUCCUUUUUCUCUGUUUUUUUAACCUGAACCUGGUUGCGUCCUGAUUCGCGAACGACUUUUCGUUCAAUCCGACCCGUCUGCGUCUGGUUUUUCUUCUCCCGAGGCGUUUCUACUGCAGAACCCAACCAGCGCGGAAUCGAACCAGGACGACGGACAACGACCUUCCCUCAAUUCUGCAAUCAUGAUGUCGAUGAACAGCAAACAGCCUUUCAGUAUGCACCCGAUGCUGCACGAACCCAAAUACGCUCCUCUGCACUCCAGCUCGGAGGCCAUCCGCAGGGCCUGCCUGCCCACACAGUCGCUUCAGGGCAACAUCUUCGCCGGCUUCGAUGAGACGUUGCUGCAGAGAGCGGAGGCUCUGGCCGCUGUGGACAUCGUGGCCCAGAAGAGUCACCCGUUCAAACCCGACGCGACCUACCACACCAUGACCACCAUGACCAGUAUGACCUGCACCCCGACCUCCUCCAACGGGCACCUGCACCACCCGUCCGUGCUCACCUCCCACCACCACCCGGUGCACCACCACCAGUCGUCGCAGGGUCUGGAUGGCGACCUGCUGGACCACCUCACACCGGGCAUCUCCCUGGGAGGCAUGCCCGGCUCGGACGUCUGCUCCUCGGCCUCGCACAGCCACGCUGCCCACAUGUCGGCCAUCAACCACAUGCAGCACCAUCACCACCAACAGUCCAUGAACAUGCACCCGCACGGGCUGGGCUCCCACGGCUCCCUAGGGGGCUCCGUCGGGGACGUGGAGCCCGAUCCCCGGGAGCUGGAGUCGUUCGCCGAGAGGUUCAAACAAAGGCGGAUCAAACUCGGAGUGACCCAGGCGGACGUGGGCUCGGCCCUGGCCAACCUUAAGAUCCCCGGGGUGGGCUGUCUGAGCCAGAGCACCAUCUGCAGGUUCGAGUCCCUGACCCUGUCGCACAACAACAUGGUGGCGCUGAAGCCGAUCCUGGAGGCCUGGCUGGAGGAGGCGGAGCGGGCGCAGAGGGAGAAGAUGUCCAAGCCCGAGAUCUUCAACGGGGGCGACAAGAAGCGGAAACGCACGUCCAUCGCGGCCCCGGAGAAGCGCUCCCUGGAGGCGUAUUUCGCCGUGCAGCCGAGGCCCUCGUCGGAGAAGAUCGCCGCCAUCGCCGAGAAAUUGGACCUGAAAAAGAACGUGGUCCGGGUUUGGUUUUGCAAUCAGAGGCAAAAGCAGAAACGAAUGAAGUUUUCUGCGACGCACUAAGAUGACUGGGUUGGGUUGGGGUGGGGGGGAACCAGUGGGUCUCUGCCCCAGUUCAGACAAAGACAAACCAGAGACAAGCUGCUGCUGCUGUCAGACAAAAAAACUAGGUACACCGUUGUGCCUUUUCAGCAGGGGCCUCACCUGUUCGAAUCCCAGAGGGGCCCGUGGGCGCGCACUUAAAAAUAAAUAUGAACAAGUCAUUUAUUCCAGUUUAAUUUAUUAUUUGUCCCUUAGUCUCUCAAUUUGCCCCUGAAAUGAAAAAGCAUCCAACACGUGAGAUGCUGCAUCACCUCAUUAAUUAACUAUUAUUGUAUUAAAGAUUUAAAAAAUCAUAUUUCCUGACCCACCCUGGACCGAGAGUCUCGUUGAGUCCGAUCAGUGUUGUCCACUUUGUCAAGGAGCAGCUUUCACCGCCGGGUUUUCGCACCAGUGCCUGAUCCUCUUCUUCCAGUUGUGGAAACGAUUUCACCGAAAGUAUUCAACUUGUUCAGGCCGCAGCGUUUCUCCUCGUGUGUCCGAGGUGUUAGAAACAUCUGGAUGUGGGACACCGGACGACCACCCUCCACAUCAGCACGUGCAGGAACUGGUCUCCGUCGUUUGGCGGAGGUUCAGCCUCGUGCAGCUGCAAAACAAACAACUGGAUUCAACGGUGUACCUGUUUUUUUUGAAAAAUGAUAAAUCUGACAGGGGAGACGGAGCAGCGGGACACGGACUCAACAUCUGGAGGGACAAUGGUGCUCCGUCCCGCUCAUUCAUAUGGCAAUUAUUGUACAAAUAAAUGAAGAAUAGUAACGAAGGGGAAUCGAGGGAUAACUGUGAUUAUCCUCUUUAGCUUUUUUAUAUUUAUCAUUGUACAUAUCUGUGAAUACGUGGCACCUCGUGUGUGGAAAAGCUCAUUGAGAUGUAUUGAAAAUGUUUUCGCUGUCUUUUCUCCCGGGUGUUCGUUCGUUCCGUGGGAACCGAUGGAACCACAACACAUUUAACACAAAAAAAAAGAGAGAACAAGUUGUGUGGUUGAAUGACAUGAGGCACAAAAAUUAACCGUGAUCCGUUGCAUGGUUUACUCGUCAGAGGGGAGAGAGGAGGGA